GGGAGAGAGACACGGGGAGAGACGCGGAGAGACACACGGGGAGAGAGAGACACGGGGAGAGAAAGACACGGGGAGAGAGACGCGGGGAGAGACACACGGGGGAGACGCACGGGGGAGACCGAGACGUGGAUAGACGAGAGACGGAGCGACACGCCGGGGCCACUGGAGAAGACGCCGCCGCCGACGCCGCGGAGCAGGAGGAGUGAGCGCCGAGCCCGCGCCGCAGACAUUGACGGACGUCACAAUGGCAUGACGGCAAAGGCAUCAGAAGCCCUCAGGCCUCGGCGCACUAUUGCUCAAGACAAUUGUGCCUGGAGACGCGGAUAAAUCCAUACCACAUCGGUGUCCCACGGAGAGCGUCAUGAACUCCCACAGCCAGCCAGGCGCCCUGCCCUCGAGCGUGCGGCCCGAGCUGGAGGCGGUAUUCCGGGGGGCCCCCCUGGAGCAGCGGGGCCCCGACCUGCGCUCCUCGCUGCACCAGCAGCUCAGCAUGGACAUGGAGAUGCUGCGCCGGAACCACCAGUUGCAGCAGCAGCUGCUGCUCGCCGAGUUCCAGCGCAAGUACCAGGAGAUGAACCAGCAGCAUCAGUCCGAGCUGCAGGACCGCCUGCAGGUGCUGGCGCUGCGGCAGCAGCAGGAGUUGUUGGAGAGGCAGUUGAUGCAGGAGCAGGAGAGAGAUCGGCUGAGGAAAAUGCAGCAGCUGGAGCUCAACGCUAUAAAACGCAAGGACAAGGACCAGAACAGUGCCGUGGCCAGUCCUGCCGUCAGGAAACACCUCCAGCAGUUUGUCAAGAGCAGGCAGCCCCGUGAGUCUGGCACGACCAUCUCACAGGGCAAUGGAUCAGGCCCCACGGCACUAGGAGGACCCAGCACGUCCGAGGGCAGAGGCAACUACCCCCUCCGCAGAAUAGCCUCGGAACCCAUCCUCAAGGUGCGCUCCAAGCUGAGACAGCGCGUAAUCGAGAUGCGCUACACCCCGCUCCCACUGAACUCCAAGCCUCUGUGUGACGCGUCCGCGGGGAGGAAGCCUGCAGAAGGGGGGCUGGAUGCUCUGCCGUCCGACAGCGCCCCGGGCUCUGAGCAGAGUUCACCCAACAGCAGCUACAGCAACAUCGUGAAGCUGAACGGCACUACAGGAUCUGUACCCAACAUCCACGGAGAGCACGCAUUGGCGUUGGCAAUAAACCGGGAGCAGUCCGUGAGUCACCCCAACCUCUUCACAUCUCCAUCCCUUCCGAACAUCUCUCUGGGCCUCCCGCAGUCCGCAUCGCAGGGUGCUUCGGUGCUCAGCACGCAGCAGGAGGCGGAGAGGCAGGCCAUCCUGGCUGUGCGCCAGGGCGGCGCCCUCACCGGCCAGUUCCUUGCCAGCACGCCACUGCCCACGCAGCUGCCUCUCGCCGGGCCCGAGCCCGAUGGCCAGCACAACCUCAUGUACCCCUACUUCACGCAGUCGACGGCCACUCCACCUAAAGGGCUCGUGGGCUGCGUGGUGCCCGGUGUGGCCGUCGCCCCCCAGGCCGGCCUGCGCGCGGCUCCCACCCACCGCACUGUUAGCCGGACACACUCGGCGCCGCUGCCCCAGGCCCCCCAGGGCCUCCAGCACAUGGUUCUCAUGCAGAGGCACCAGCAGUUCCUGCGACGCCAGCAGCAUCUUCAACAGCAGCAGCUGCAGCAGCAGCAGAUGCAGCAGCAGCAGCGACAGCAGCUGCAGAACUACGACCAUCCGCGGCUGGCGCACAUGGAGGACGAGCUGAGCCCGCUGCGGCCUGCCUUCGGUCCCGGCGGCGUGACCGGGGUCACGCACCUGCCGGCGACGGUGGUGAGCGGCGGCCCCGGCCCCUCUUCGCCUCCCCAGAUGGUCGCCAUAAAGCAGGAACCCCGGGAAGAGGAGGGGCAGCUGGGCGAGCGGGUGGACGAGAGGGAGCGGCAGGCGGAGGAGCAGCAGCAGGUGUUGCACACCAGACAGCAACGGCACUUGCAGUCACUGAUGGAGCAGCAGGAGACGCCGUGGGGCCUGGGCGCGCACCUCCCGCUGACGCGUGCACGCUCUUCGCCGGCGCACUACCCCUCUCCCCUGCCUCCUGAGCCCAACCGGCCGUCCUUCUCCACUGGCGUCGUGUACGACACCCUGAUGGUGCGGCACCAGUGCAGCUGCGGCGACGACAGCAACCACCCCGAGCACGCGGGGCGCAUAAUGGCGAUCUGGGCGCGCCUGCAGCAGACGGGGCUGCUCAGCAAGUGCGAGGUGAUCGCGGGGCGCAAGGCCUCGCUCAAGGACAUCCAGACGGUGCACUCGGAGCUCCACGUGCUGCGUUACGGCACCAACCCCCUCAACCGCCAGAAACUGGACACGCAGGGGCUGCUCGACGCUCAGCCGACACAGCUCAUGCUGCUGCGGUGCGGGGGCGUUGGGGUCGACAGCGACACGUACUGGAGCGACGCUCAUUCGGGCAGCGCAGCACGCAUGGCGGCCGGCUCCGUCACCACGCUCGCCUUCCACGUCGCGUCGGGGCAACUCAAGAAUGGCUUUGCAAUUGUCCGCCCGCCCGGCCAUCACGCCGAGGAGUCUGCCGUGAUGGGUUUCUGCGUCUUCAAUUCGGUGGCGAUCGCAGCAAAGUUGCUCCAGCAGGAGCUGCAUGUGCGCAGGAUCCUCAUCGUCGAUCUGGAUGUGCACCAUGGUAACGGCACACAGCAGGCGUUCUACAACGACCCCAGGGUCCUCUAUCUUUCCCUCCAUCGCUAUGACAACGGAAACUUCUUCCCCGGCAGCGGGGCGUCCAGCGAGGUGGGCGUGGGGCCGGGGGAGGGGUUCACAGUGAACGUGCCGUGGACCGGUGGGCUGGACCCCCCUAUGGGCGACGCCGACUACCUCGCCGCCUUCCGGACGGUGGUGAUGCCCAUCGCGGUGGAGUUUGAGCCGGACGUGGUGCUGGUCUCGGCCGGGUUCGAUGCGCUGGAUGGACACCCGCCGCAGCUCGGUGGUUACAAGCUCACCGCCUCCUGCUUUGGGCAUCUGGUUCGCCAGCUCAUGAGCGUGGCCAACGGGCGGGUGGUGCUCUCCCUGGAAGGGGGCCACGAGUUGGGUGCGCUGUGCGACGGCACCGAGGCUUGCCUGCACGCCCUGCUGGGCGACCAGCUGGAUCCCCUCCCAAAGGAUGUUUUGGAUCAGAGGCCUAAUCAAAAUGCGGCGGAGACUCUGGAGAAGGUCAUCAACAUUCAGGGCAAGUACUGGGCGAGCCUGCGGCGUGGCGUGAGCACCGUGCGCCUCUCGGCGCUCGAAGCUCAGCGCAGGGAGCGCGAGGAGGUGGAGACCGUGUCCGCCAUGGCCUCCCUAUCGGUCGCCGUGCGCAGCGACAACGGCACGCCGGAACGGAGAUCCCUGGAGCCUAUGGAAGAGGAGGCCGACUGAACGAGUUCCCCACAGGGGUGACGGCGCGUCGCGCGACGUCUCCGCGCCUCGCAGCACCGAACCCGGGUGGCUCGCAACUCCUAACCCGCCGCUCUCGCCAGCGGCUGUCCGAGGUCGACUACGAUAACGGAACACUGCCGAUGACGCACGUUUCAAUGGGAAACGGGUCCCCUAAACACGUUCUUUCUGCGGUCGCCGCUCUCGACUGUGGUCUGCCCGUAGUCACGGCCUCGUGCGCGCGUGUGUGUGUCCGUGGGACAACCCGGCCAGCUCGCUGAGCCCAGAGCUGUUUAAACAACUUCGAGGUUGACUACAAUAACGGAACACCGCCAAUGACGCACGUUUAAAUGGGAAAUGGGUCCCAUAAGCGGUACUCUCUGCGGUCGUCACUCUCGACCGUGGUCUGCCCGUAGUCACGGCCUCAGGCGCGCGUGCGUGUGUCCGUGGGACACCCGGCCAGUUCGCCGAGCCCAGAGCUGGAAAACCACCGCUGUGACCGUGACCGGCUGGGACCCGCGUGCCAGCCCUGGUGACGGCCGUCCGCUCCUCGGCAUUCCCCGAGCGAAAGACGUUCGAAGGUCACCCUCGUCUUGAAGCCAUCGCUAAAAGAAAUCCAGCAAUUUAUGUUGUACAUAGACGUGAAAAUUUACAUGAUAUAUAUUUUUAACGUUACUCUAAAAUUAUAUUUCAUAUAAAGAACAUAAACGCCAAAUGUCGGACGUAAAGCACUAACGUGUGUAUGCACGCGUAAAUGCAUAUUCGCAGAGCGUCGACGUAGAAAUCUCGAUGAUUCGUAGAGUCGUGAAAUGGGUUGUUAGUGGGAGCCGUCGUCUAUCGCUUAUCGAUGAUGCUGGGGUCAUGUCAGUCAUUCGUCCGCUUGUAAAUCCGUCGGCACAUUUGCAAGGUGACGCUUUGGUACUCGUGCGCAUUCAAAUCGGACGUGGCCGGCUUUAACACGUGUCGUUAGCCAGCCAAUCGUUGUAUCUACCUGUGAGUGACAGCCAAUCACACAAGUGAGCCUGCAGGAGACAGCCAACCAGUCGACUCCCAGGCGACGUGAACGUUCAAACGCUCGCCUCCCCCCCCACCCCCCGUUUUUUAGACCAGGUCUCAAGUGUCGCCGUAUCGUCACCGCGACACUGCCAAUGGGCUGUGGGGUCAUGGGAGCGAGGAUCCGCUUUGUUGUUUGGUUACCUUUAUAGUAUUGGCCUUCGUUCACGAUGUUUUUCUGGGCCCUUGCGGUGGAUUUACGGUGGAGUCCACCGUGCUGCUGUUUGAAGAGAAGCGGGCGAGCCAUCGAAUCGCACUCGUUGCCGGGUAAGCGUCGCGUGCGUGGCAUCCACUUGAGGGUUGCCCUGCCCUAAACGCUUGCUCCUUUUAUUUUUUUCCACAUUUGCCUUGGCAGCACUUAAAGACUUUGCCGUUUUGUGUAGAGGUGCCUCUGAACGCAAAUUAAUCGCCGCGUUGCGGAGUCGCGAAACCGCUACACGGCACAUGAGACAGUCGGGACCAGUAAUCUGAAAAGCGCCGGUUUGUCGUUGACUCGUGCAGGAUAGCGAUGCAAGAAAUAGCCACAAGAUGCAGUUAUUUUUCAAAAUACUUCCCUGCCAAUGGAGGUAGACUUCAAAUCGGGAAAUUAACGCGUGGACUUUCAAUGUAUGCACUAAUCUAGGCAGUCCACGGCACACCUGCAAACAAGGCGAUUUGUAAAUUGUCUAGGAACGGGAAAGUGUGGCAAUGUUCACAGGAAGUGAUAUUUUCAGCCGAGACAGACACGACAAUUUCCAUUGGCUGGGAUUCAGUGCACACCGGUGCAUCCAUGGGGGCAGGUGGCUUCAUAGCAGGCAGUGCGGAAAAAAUACGUUUUACGUCCUUUUCCUGCGAUUUGAAUUGCGCUCGCAAGAGUUUGGAAUCUUGAGAAAUACCUGUGUCCCGUACGUCCUCGCCCUGCCGUCUGUGUGUGUGUUUGCUUGUGUACAUAGACGGCGGCGCGUUGGAGUGUAAAUAGGCGUGCCAGUGUAUCCUGUAAGAGAGCCUCGGUUCACCAUCGCGACUCCGUAGACAUUGGGACCAGUGGCAUCAUAAAUAAUGACACUUUACGUACUUUACACCGGUGCUCCCACAGACAGGUGACUUGCCCAGGAGUAUGACAAAGCACUAAACAUACUUAUUUCGUUGCCAAAUUUGAAAUGGCCUUUUGCGCCAAAAGAUCCAUUACAGGUUUUUAAGUGAACAUGUCAAUAGACUCUGCCAGACACCUGCUGGACAUUAGCCGUGGCCAUUUUUUUUUGGUUGUUUGAAGCCACAUUCACUUGGCAAACAAGUUUAGUGCGGCUGUUUUCUUUGCGUAUUCCUCAUUCUUACACACACUGCUCACAGUUGGGGAUGACCUGCCUGAAAAAUGCUAACAUUGUACAGGGAGGAGGGGAAAAAAAAGACUGGAGUUUUUGGUGCAGACGUGUUUUUUUCUUUGGAAGAGAAAUAUUCGGGAGAGUGUACGUGCGCCAGUCUCUUGCAAGCCCCCCCCCCCCCCGGACCCCCCUCCCCCCCGUCUAAACACGCGCAACACAGCUGCCAAACUCCGCAGAGUGCUGAGCACCCAGCGUUCAAUAUUGCCCGAGGGCGGACCCUUAUCGGUUUGUGAAGUUCGUGUCAGUUUUCGGUUCUGUACGUGUGUGGCUAAGGUUAAUUCGUUGCCUAUGGUGAAUGGGGAAAGAUCUCGGGCUGUACGUGUGCGGAAUGAAAAUGCAGCCCUGGGUGGUGCGCGGUCCGACCGAAUUACCCCGGCGUGUCGAUUCACGAACAACGGAAUGAUGUACAGUUUUGUCUUACUUUUCAUAAUAUAUAUUUUCAUCGAAUAUGUAAACUAAUAUAUUUUACGUAGAAUACCUAUAUGGGAGAGACCUGGUUAAUCCGCAUUUUAGAGACAUUUUUGAUACGUGAACAGUGCAGAUUGCAAAUUCCAGAUGCAUGCUGUUGCUGUAACUCUGCCAAGCACGGAGCCAGGUGGAUUUGUCGGCGCACGGCGAUGGAAUUCGUUGCCGCGCAAAAGCGGCGGCGACGGCGGCUAGAGCAGCAGCAGCGCCGCUGUUCAGCGCGUGGCCCCGAUUACCAUGCCGGCCGGUCCCUUCCUCGUUCUGUUGCGUCGCUUUCAUGCCACUUGGCGGGCGGGCCGUGUGCGUUACGGCCGCCCGAGAGUGGCCCCCGAUGCCUUUUGCUUUGAUGAAGCAGAAAGGCGAAGCCCGCGUUAAGAGCGCCGAGCAUCUGCGGAUCGGUUGCCGAACGCGCGCUCGCCCGUUCAGCUUCCCCGGCGGGGUGGACAAUGGACAUCGGCGUGGAGGUUGGCCAUACGCUCCGCAAAUCGAUCGCGUUCGGGCGACUUUGCCGACGUCUUAUGGCCACAACCGGGAAGAGCCUGGCAUGGUGCGCUUGUGCGCUGCCACUGUGUUUACUUUAUCCGCGAGUGCAUAAUUUUUUGUUAAAGAAACUAACACAUUCCAUUGAACCAUGUUUUGUUUUUCCAUCGUAUGGAAAUAUAUCUAGAGAGGCCACGAGCGUUUACUCGGAUCGUACGUCGGCACUUUGUAACCGUUAGAAUCACAUAUCUGGGAUUGGUGUGCUUCAUGAUAAGGCUUCAGUGUGGGUAAUGUCCUCUAACGUGAUGUAAGUCAAUGCAUUGUAAAGUCCCUACGAGGUGACCUUUAUAUUAAAUGAUUGUUAGCAGAGUUGAUAUAAUAUAUCUGUCAUUUAGAUGAAUGUGAAAAAGGUUAUAAAUUACACAGCCACAUUUGCACAUGUAAUGAAUAUGUCCUGCACUACAGGAACAUGUAACAGCAUAUCAGUGGAGCCAGUUAUCGUUUGUUUGUUUUAUAUUUAACAUACAAGUGUACGAGCCAUAAAAGACUAUCUUGUCUGCUUAUUGAGAGAAAUCGACCCCCAGAACCAUACACGGCAGUGGCCAUCAGCAGCAGCAGCGGAGUUGGAGCAUGCAGUGUUGCUGUGCCUCUGGUUACCGCCACCAUUCAUCGAUGCUCUUAUAGGACACGCAGACACGCGUCUGCGAGGGUCAUUCAAAACGUUCUUGUGCCGUCAAUUUAGUCGAGUGGUCGGGAGGAUUCGGCGUCAGAUUAUUUUCUUUUUGCCAGGCUAAUCCACCCUGUUCCCUGCCCCCGCCCCCCCACGGCCUCAUUCAUAGCUCCAUGUCGACCAGUCGCGUGUUACGGGAGUGAUGUGCAUUAGCUAAAUGAAACGUGAAUGUAGUGCGAUUGGCGGACGAGGAACUCGUUUCGAGGUGGCGCGCUGUGGCCAGCAGUUUGGGGUGUGCUUCCGUGCAGAAUCGUGGUACUUGAGACGAUGACAAAAUCCUCUAUCCCUUCCUUACAAGGUUUUCGGCUUUUGAAUGACCCUCGAGGAUGCGUUGCGCGUGCGUCCCGUGCCUGUGCCUACGCUCGUGCAUCCAGACGCAGCGUUUGGUCCCCCGCGUGGUGAACUCGAGCCAGUGAGGAAUUUUCCGAGUACCGAUGUGAUGCGCGCGCGCUCGCGUGUGUGUGUGUGUGCGUGUGUGCGUGUGUGUGUGCGUGCGUGUGUGUGCGUGUGCGCCGUGCUGGUACCCGGUGAGCUGAAUGUAAUUUUAAUCGAACAACUUUGUGGGCCACACGCGAUGCCUCGCCGGCCUCAUUUUCAUCGGCGACACGUCGACUUAGAGCCAGUCCUGUGCGUAGUUAGACGAUGAUGUACUGACAGUGCAGAUUGUUGGGUUUUUUUUUCUUCUCAAUUGCUGUUCUGUGGUGAAAAGCAUUGUGCUUUCUUAAGGGUCCAUCGUUUUAUUUCUUGGUAGGUUUUAUUUUUCCCACGAUACUGUACUGUUGUUUAUUCGUGCGUUUCGGUAAGCGUGAUGCUGUGAUUAAAGAUCUCUAGCUGUGCAUUCAUCUUAAGGUGGAACCAUCGGGGCAUUUGUAUACACACACUUUUCUACUCUCGAUGUCGAUGAACAUUUACAAUGUAUACUGUCGUGACGUUGUUUUACGAAUGCAAAUGUUUCGUUAUGUUCGGGCAAGUACUGUUUUCUGAUUGUUAUUUUUUUCGCUCAUGAAAACUCCGUACUUUUUUUUAUACACAUAUAUAUAAAACGUAAACUUAACAGCAACGAAAAGCCUUUUUCAGCACAUCACAUCGUAGCCUUGUGCCGUCGCGCGAUACACAGCUCCUGUGACAAUGCUCUCCGCCUAUUUAUUUCCAAGAUCAACUGUUUUCAUCGUACGCGUUUGUUACACUGAGCGGGCGCAGAGGAGGGAGCCGGGUGGUCUCUCUCGUGUCUUGGCGCACAGCAUUCCUUCGCGGCGCAUUCCAGCGGGCUUCGCUCCUCCACAAAGCCCGUGCUUUAUUGGGUUGUUGAAAUGCUUACACAUAUCUGUGCGCCGCACACCGCAAUGAAAACGUUACCGCUCCUCUGUAAAAGCAGUGCUGCCGCCACGUUAGCACCGCGGGGGUUUUUUUUUAUUUUGGGGGAAGAGGAGGGAAAGGUGGGGUGGACGCGUUAAUCGGUGCUUUGUUCAUGGGCACGUUUAUACCGGUCGCCGCUGCACGCACGAAGGGGAAGGAGUGAGCAUGUGGGAUAACGUCGGGGUUGUGGGAUCGAGUCGGGACUACCGGAUUUAGCCUCAGCACAACUUUUUUUUCGGAGCAGCGACGUUUCGCGCUGCCCCCCCUCCCCUACCCCUACCCCCGCGGUGUCAAUUCCGAAAAGCCGACUUCACGGUUCAGGUGUUUCACACCAUAGCCUUUCAGCUGUGCGUAUACUUCCAGCGACAUGCCACGAGUUCGUCGUGCAAAUUCUAACGCCUGGAAACGAAAGGCAAAAAAGCACGUUCUUCAAAUGAAGUGAACUCGCAUCGAUUACACUAACAUCGGCGGUUUCGUUUGGCGAGGGCGCGAGCUCACAUCGCAGACAGCAACGAGGUCCAUUGGGGCCCAUCUUUUGUCGAGGAGAAAUGGCUUUGAAAUAUUUUUCUAACAUCUCGUACUUAUUUUUGUCAUUUACGCCGGUGAUGUGUGCGUUUUAAUAUUCGCGUCUUUUGCCGGGAUUUCUUCGAGUAGCAUACCUCCUUUGAACGUGAGCGGCAUAGAAUGGAUCGAAGAGGCUUCAAAUUGGGCGAUGACGAAAACUACCUUGGGCCAGGUGGCGUUUGCGGUUGAGCGUCGUGUGACGGCCACUCGUUCCGCGCGCGGGGUCCUGUCACUCGACCCCGAGUCGCGAGGGAUCCAGGAUUUUGCGCGGAGCCUCGGUGCCGGGUGUUUGCAGCUGUGAGAGUGACUGUUAGAGGGCUGGUGGGGGGGGGGGUGCAGUUGUCCACCACUUUUUCACUCUAGUUGUGCCCGCAUUGCUGUGCCAGAAGACCCCGGAGUUGCUUAUCCCCCAACCGUGAUUUUUGGCUGGAGGUUGUGCAGCUUGGAAGCGAGUGUGUGAGAGUGAGUAUAUUUAGAACGAGUGUGGGGGGGGGGGGGGAGUGGUGGCGUGGCGGUUAGCGCACUGCGCUACGAACCCAGCGGCCACCUGGGUUCAAUUCCCGCUCACGGUCGACCCCAGUGACGAUUAUCUGAACCGGUCUUGGGCCUCGCCUAGGUCGACUCGGCCUCUAAUGAGUACCUGGUGCGGUGUGUAGACAUCGCCACUGGGGAGACGAAGGCGGCCGGGCGUGGUGCUGGCCACCCACCCCCUCGUGUGCCGUGCCGGCCUUCAUAGGUGCUCGCUAGCAGCACUUGCCCCAACAGUCUGUUCAGGCAAUGCGGGGGAUCGUUGUCUUUGUUGUGUACGAGUGAGGGAGAGUGCAUGCGUGAGUGACUGAGUUAGCGAACGAGUGUCCGAUUGGUCGCCCCCCCCCCCCCCCUUGCUGUUACGAUUCGUGGGGAGCUGGAGGUCGUCGGUGGUUGUUCGAGGACACGGAGAGGCGCGCGCGCGCGUGCGGACCCGGCCUCCUCGCCCGAUCACUCAACGAAUCCCACCGGCGCUCCCUUGGCGUGCGGCACGCAGUGCGGGCACUGAGUGGGGGCAUCAUCGGCGGCGGCGGCGAGAGGGCCCUGCGGUCACCGCCGCCGCGUGCCACUUGGCGUGGGUUUCAUGUCCUUGUACGAGCGUCGUGUUCGAACACGUGCGCGUACACACACACACACGAACACAAUACUAAAUGAACAAGUUAGAUAUUUUAUACUUACAGUUCUAAAUAAAAUAAAUAUAUAUCUGUG